AUGUCCCACUUGAGCUCCAGCACUACUGAAUCCGGCUCCGGCUCCGGCUCCGGCUCAACAGAUGCCGCUAACACGGCCAAUACCGCGGACACGUCGGCCAUCUUCCAGCCGCGAUCUAAGUACAGGAUUAUAAAGGACGGCUGGGGCAGCCGGACCAAUUUUCAAGGCUCCCACGGGCUGAAGAUGGAUCCUGAUGGCCUCGAGGAGGGCAAUCUCAUCCUCGAAGGUUACCAGCAGUGUGAACGCGACACGUGGUACUUGAGUCAACAGGAGAAGCAGGCUUCACAGGAGACGAAGGUCUACAACAGCCGCAAAUUCCCGACACGUUUCCUCUGA